CCUGUUGCCGAGCCAUCCUCAUGAGCUUCAUCAUGAGACAGAGAGCACUGUCCAUGGCUGUUGCCGCCAAAUCAAGCAUAUGGGAAAUUACAGCAGAGGACAUAACAGCAGCAGGACUGAGCUCAGCGGAUGCGAGCUGACGGGUGGCUGAAGCUCACAAGGGAGAAGGAUCAGAGGCCGGAUUAUGGAGGGAUUUGGUGGAGAGAAGACUGCUGAAGCCGAGCCAUCCUCAUGAGCUUCAUCAGCUUGUUUACUACUCUGUGUAUGCUGAGUGGGAUGUCUCGGUCAGAGGACCACCUCCCUACUGGUUCCCUUCCGAGAUACAAUCCAAAGAUUCAAAUCUCGGGAGGGUGAUGGAAGUUCAUGGCCCGAAGCUGUUAGGAUCAUCAUAUCAUGAUCCGGUUACAAGCUUUUCCCUGUUCCAGAAGUUCACGGUUCAACAUCCUGAGAUAUAUUGGUCAAUCGCCAUAAAAGAGCUCUCUGUUGUAUUUCGCGAGCCGCCAAAAGCUAUUCUUGAUACUUCGGACAGAUCAAACGUCGGGGGAACUUGGUUCCCAGGAGGAAUUAUGAAUAUUGCCGAAUGCUGUCUGUUACCAGGGAGCUUGCCAAAGAAAACAGAUGACGGCGUGGCGAUUAUUUGGAGGAACGAGGGCUUUGACGACGAUCCUGUUAAUUAUUUGACAUACAAGGAGCUUCGUGAUCAAGUGAUGUUGGUAGCUAAUGCAUUGGAUAUGACAUUUACAAAGGGAGAUAUGAUCGCCAUCGAUAUGCCAAUGACAUCGACAGCAGUUAUCAUAUAUUUAGCAAUAGUUCUCGCUGGAUAUGUUGCUGUGACAAUCGCUGAUAGCUUUGCUGCGAACGAGAUUGCUACUCGCAUGAGAAUAACAAAUGCAAAAGGAAUAUUUACUCAGGAUUUCAUUAUUAGAGGAGGAAGAACGUUUCCUCUCUACAGUCGCGUUGUGGAGGGAUGCCAAUCAAAAGCUAUUGUCGUUCCUGUGCGCGGAAAUAAUGUGGGAGUCACGCUGAGGAGCCAUGAUUUGUCAUGGAAUGACUUCAUAUCAAGCACCGGUGCUCUUCCAAAGCCAUUCAACUACCCUCCCGUUUAUCAGCCGAUGGAGGCUAUGACUAACAUACUUUUCUCUUCUGGAACUACCGGGGAUCCAAAAGCUAUUCCGUGGACACAAAUUUCUCCAAUUAGAACGGCGUCUGAAGCAUGGGCACAUUGCAAUAUGCAAGCAGGAGAUGUGUACUGCUGGCCUACAAAUUUGGGGUGGGUUAUGGGACCUUCCAUAUUGUAUUCCGCCUUUUUAACUGGUGCUACUUUGGCUCUAUAUCAUGGUUCUCCUCUUGGUCGAAGCUUUGGCAAAUUUGUGCAGGAUGCAUCUGUGACAGUGUUAGGCACGAUACCAAGCAUAGUAAAAGCCUGGAAGAGUAGCAAGUGCAUGGAGGGGCUUGACUGGACAAAGAUAAGGGGGUUUGGCACCACUGGUGAAACUUCUGAUAUUGAUGAUGAUCUCUGGCUUUCUUCACGAGCAUAUUAUCCACCUAUUAUUGAAUUUUGUGGAGGGACAGAGCUCGCAUCGUCCUAUGUAGUAGGAAGCUUGUUGCAACCUCAAGCUUUUGGAGCAUUCAGCACUCCACCAAUGACGGCAGGGUUUGUCAUUUUAGAUGAACAAGGAAUUCCAUAUCCAGAUGAUCAACCUUGUGUUGGAGAAGUGGCUUUAUUUCCUAUUCACAUGGGUGCCAGUCAAAGAAUACUCAAUGCUGAUCACAAUAAAGUUUACUUCCAUGGAAUGCCAGUUUAUCGAGGAAUGAAACUGAGAAGACACGGGGACAUAGUUCAAAGAACAAUUGGUGGAUACUAUAUCGUCCAGGGGAGGGCAGAUGAUACCAUGAAUCUUGGGGGGAUCAAGACAAGUUCGGUGGAGAUUGAACGUGUAUGUAAUAGGGCCGAUGAAAGGGUGUUAGAAACAGCUGCUGUCGGCAUUAAGCCUGUAACUGGAGGACCCGAGCAGCUGGUCGUUUUGGUGGUACUAAAACCUGGAGCUUUAGAUUGUGAACCGCAUUUCUUGAGGACUAAAUUUCAGAAAGCCAUUCAAAAAAACCUCAACCCUUUGUUCAAGGUGAGCUAUGUCAAAAUUGUCCCCGAAUUUCCUCGAACAGCUUCUAAUAAGUUGCUGAGACGUGUUCUGAGGGAUCGAGCGAGGCAGGAGUUUUCAUCUCGGAGCAAGCUUUGAUUGUGUUGAAGAAUUCCAGUAAGGUGAUUGUGAACUCGAUGCUCUUGUGUGGUGCCCUAAUUCUGCUUGCUGUAACAGACCGUUGCUUGUUUUGUGGAAGCAUGAACAGAUUAUACAGAAGCUGUCAUAAGUUUGAGUAAGUUUGGGAAACAUUUGAAUAAUAAUCAGAUCAGAUUCAGUGCUUUACAUA